AUGGCAACGCAAGCACUAUCAACUCCAACUGCAAUUGCAAGAGGAAGCAGCAGCUUCUGCCGCUACCAUGACGUCAACCCCCACCACUUUCUCUCUCUGCGUGACCAUAACACGGCCUCAUCAUCAUCCAGGCCCAUCACCAGCUUCCUCAUCCACUUGGAUCCCAUUGGAUUCAGAGCCAACCAACUCUCGAAGUCCAAGCCCAAAUUGGCCAUCCCGAGAGCCGCCGACUCCUCUACCCAGCCUUCCACCCUCCCCUCCACCUCCACCGCCGGCAAAACCAUCGUUCCCGACGACCAGUUCUCCCUCGCUAAGGUUUCAUUUGGGGUUAUUGGUCUUGGUGUUGGGGUUUCACUCUUGUCGUAUGGUUUCGGGGCGUACUUUAAUAUCCUUCCCGGGUCUGAAUGGUCAGCAUUGAUGCUCACAUAUGGCUUCCCUCUUGCAAUCAUUGGUAUGGCAUUCAAGUAUGCUGAACUAAAGCCGGUGCCAUGCUUGACUUAUUCGGACGCCCUGCAAUUAAGGGAAACAAGUGCCACGCCGAUCCUUACACAGGUCAGGAAUGAUGUUACAAGGUAUCGCUAUGGAGAUGAACAGCAUUUGGAUGAGGCAUUGAAACGAAUCUUCCAGUAUGGUCAGGGUGGAGGAAUUGCUCGGAGGAGUGCACCUACUCUCCAAAGUAUUCGUGAAGAGGUCACCGGAGAUGGUAGAUACUCAUUAGUCCUGGUGUUUGAGGCAAAAGCUUUGCAGUUAUCAGAUUUUGAACAACGACAGGCCAAGUUUGCUUCAUUCUUCGGACCAGGAAUCACAGCUGAAGUUGGCAAGGGAGAAAAUAAUCUAUACGAAGUCCGACUUAUUUCCAACUCCAACGCUAAACCGUCUGCAUCACCGUUGUAAACAAAUGUAUUAUAGUUUGAUCAAAUACUGCUAUGUAGUGUAGUUUCAUAUUACACAGCUUUUGUUACUUGUAAAACUUUUGUUUAUAUUCAGUUAGCAAAAGCUUUAUUGUAUGACACAGAAUUUUGAAGAAUCAGAAAGAUGAGCAAAAAUUGAAGUCAUUGUUACUCA